CCCGCCAUCUUAGUGGUGUCUCAAGUAUAUAGGCAUGUGUACAGUUUGGAUUACAAACACAGAGUGCUACUCUCCAGUGUAAAAUACUUAGAUGAACGUUACUAAUUGACCUCGGCUCAGCUCGAGUAAUUGAAAUAAUUAACACGCUGGAUGUAGAAACGCUGCGUGCGUGAGGGUGAAGCGCGGUGACGUCGCUGGGGGUAGAGGUCGCGGCGUGUCUCUGUUGCCUGCUCGAGUGGCUGCCGGCGGUUUGUGCGGCUGUGAUUCUACCCCAAGAUACAGCUCGGGAGAGGGCAAAAACAACAGCCAUGUCUUACUGUAAACAGCAGGGGAAAGACAAGAUUAUUUUUGUGACCAAAGAGGACCACGAAACACCGAGCAGCGCGGAGCUGAUAGCGGAGGAUCCGAACGAUCCCUACGAGGACCAAGGACUCAUCCUGCCCAAUGGAGAAGUGAACUGGAACUGCCCGUGCCUGGGUGGGAUGGCGAGCGGGCCGUGUGGGGAGCAGUUCAAGUCUGCUUUCUCCUGCUUCCACUACAGCGAGGAGGAGGUGAAGGGCUCCGAGUGUAUCGAGCAGUUCCGCACCAUGCAGGAGUGCAUGCAGAGAUAUCCCGAGCUGUACCCCCAGGAGGAGGAGGAGGAGGACAAGCAGAGCAACAGCAACACAGCCGAGGGGGAGGAGCAGCCCAGCCCCGCCUCCAGCUAGUGGACCCGCCCCCGGGCAGCGGCUGGAGACAAUGCCAUGGAGAGGGGGAUCCAGGUGGCAGUGCCUGCUGGAGGUCUGGGUUUGACAAGUUCAAGGGUCUAGGGUGUAUUUAAAUAUGUGCAGGGGAUGGGAAUGAGCCUCCUGUUGCAUAGCAGUUUCACCCAUUCCAGGUUUUAAUACAUGCUUGAUUAGCCCCAGUGUGUCCUAUUAAAUUCAUGGUCAAACCAGUGCUGGAUCAAACUGCUGUGCAUUGGGAGUCUUCUUUCCAUCCCUGCAUCAUCUUCUGUUCUGAUUAGUAACGGCUGCUGUUUUAAACACCGUGUUAAUACAGCAGACUGUUUGCUUGUGUGUUUGUGUGUUUGUGUGUGUGUGCUGCUGAAACACAGUCCUGGCCUGUUUGGGGGUUUGGGUUCUGCUGGUCGAGACGAUGCACUCAGACUUGACCUUCAAGAGUCGAAAUUCCUUCUAAAAGCGACGCCUCCGUUAAUUCCACUCUGCCACCGACAUGCUCUUGGUUACAAACCCUCUUAGAAUCAAGGUAAACAACAGCACCUUAAAGGGAAGGUCAAGUUUCGUUUUUUACGACAGACGUCCCCGCCUGACCCGACACAGUCAGUGUAGUUUGAAAGCAGGUUUGAUCCUUCCGGAGUUAAAAGGCUUUCCUAAUGCAAGAGCCUUGCUGUGUAGGGACUGCGGUCCGCAUGCAUGUUAAGUGCCUCGCUCAGGGUAGCCUCUUUCCAGUCCUAGUUUUAGGGCUCUAUAAAUCUCGUCUUUAUUUCAUUUUUUAAAUUUUUUUGUGUAAUCGAUACCGUGGGGCAGGUUUACUAGGAAAGAAAGUUGGAGAAGAGGCUUUUAAUCAUUUCUAGAUCUAAAACAUUUACAGCUGCCUGGCGUUGAAGCAGAAGUUCAGUAAAUCCAGCCCUCCCCAGCCGCCCAUGUGCUCCUCAGUGAAGAGCUCUGGAAUGAGGCUCUUCUCUGUCGUUCACCCAGGGAAGCGUGUUUCAGCCCUGUGCUGCAGUCCUGUGCGUUUUGUGUGUGUCUUUUUUUUUUUUUUUUUGGUGUGAAAACGUUGCUUCCUUAUGCAAAGCAGCAUUGCCCUGGACCCCCUCCCCUGCGACUCUGUCCUGUUAACCCUGGUCCAGCAUGGCUGUCUGGAAAGCGGCGUCCUUGCAGACGCACUGCAGGAGAAGCUCUCUCUAUCUGAAUGAGCAGGCGGAGCAGAGACAGAGGGAGCAGGCUCUUUGGUUCCUUUGUCAUCGUGUUGUUGGUGCCCCUCUGCAGUGCCUCUGCCUGCUCUCCUCCACGGACCGUUCUGUGCCGUCGUGCGAUUGUCUUUCACAAACUCUUCCCCCAGCCUGCAGCUUCCCCUCGGAGCAGUGCAGAGCAGAGCACCAGUGUAGACUAACCGAGCUGAUCCAGUGAUUCUGAACGUUGUGGAGAUUAAAAGUCUUUUUACCUCGCUGAA